CGCAGUUCCCGUGGCAUGGGCCACCUUGUCUAAUCUGGGCGGUACGCAUAUCCAAAGACUCACUGUACGAACGUCGAACAUACCACAGCAGCCGGAAUAAUCUGUUUUCUACAAACUACACACCAUGGAUGACAUCCUUGCGCCGCUGCAAAAUGCCUUUGAAGGCCAAAUAGACUUCCAUGGUCAGCGCUUGGCUGAGAUACUGAGCACGGUCUUGCUCAUUCUUUCCGGGGUCGUCGCUUUUAUCGUGGGAUUCGUUAGCAGAGAUGUCUACUUGACGUUAUGGGUCGGUCUGGCAGGUACACUUUUGACGGCUCUCGUGGUCAUCCCUCCUUGGCCGGUGUACAAUAAACAUCCGGAGAAAUGGCUGGUGCCGUCUGGUGUUACGGCUGGGGGGCCGGCGAUAAUAGUGGAAAGGUCCAAGGCUGCAUAGGACAGAUGAUGCUAGGUGGUUCAGCUAUUACAAUUUCGACGGCGUAUAGUGCUAUGGUCUUUUUGUUCUUUUUCGGGU